AUGCGGGAGCUCGGGAAGGACCCCCUCACAUGGAGCUUUGUAAAGCUCUUCGGUGUCCAUGUGUGUCGCGAACUGCUCGGGUUUGAAGGUCUUCCAGGAAGUCACGCGUGGCGAUGGAAAUCAGCUGGAUUGUGGAAAGCGCGUCUCAUGACUAAAGCUCAGUGCAUUGGAGUGGUCGUGUCUAUUGUGGUUCGAACUGACCGGGUGGAAUUUCUGGUAGACGACGGCACUGCACUUAUUAAGACGGUGUUGUGGGGUAAGGGCGUCCAAGUUUCAGUAGUGCUGGGAGAUCUUGUGCAUGUUGAGGGAAAACUCAAUAUUGACAAGAACUGGGACGCUGUUGAACUGUCUCGCGAACUUCGAAUCCUUCGAAUCACUGUAGUGGAAGAUUCAAAUAACGAGUUGCUGCAUUGGAUCCAAGUGAUGGAACUGGCUCAGACGUAUUAUUCUGCUGCUAGUGGAUCUUGUGGCUCACAGGAUAAAUAUAGUAAUGGUGCAAAGAGCGAGACGCUUUGGGAGGAUAUUGCUACUGAGGCUUUUUUCAGUCUGUGCAUAAGUGUCAGCAUGAAACAGAAAUUUAUAAGUCAAAGCGAUCGUAGUUGUCAUGAUAAGACGUUAUUGGAGACGCUUGAGUCGCUUCUUUUCCUGCAAAACGCAAGCGAUACCAAGGAAACCGUUAGUAUCACUUUCAGUGAUUAUAUCAGCUCGACUGGACUUGUCACAAUGGUCUGUGAAAAAGCAACUGACAAGAACCAGAGAAUUCGUGCGCUGCAAUAUACCUUUCGUAAGUUGCGUCGCGCGGGACUUUUGUUCUUGGAAGAUGAUGCGGCAGAUCGGCACAUUCUGUUAAGUUUUGAGGCGGCGUUAAAGCCAGCGCUUCUGCAGUUUCUCCGAGAACACUCGCACGGUUGCUCUAUUGCGAGAAUUGCAGACGCGAUACUGACCCGGGAGCGAUUCAAGUGCAUUCCGCUGCAAUGGAUUGAGCGAAGUCUCGAGCAUCUACUUGCAAGUCAACUUGUCGUGCAAAAAGAGACUUCUCAACUAUUUUUUAUUCAUUGA